AACCUUCUCCAGUUGAGCUUACCCACCAAGCGCUUUCUAUGCCGUACAGCUUGCAUUCUCACUCGGGUCAGUUCUGCAAACACGCGUCGGGCUCCCUAGAAGAGGUGGUUAAUGUAGCAGUAAAGCAUGGUUUCGAGAUUUACGGCCUCACGGAACAUGUUCCUCGGUACAGAGAACAAGAUCUUUAUCCCGAGGAGCUUGGUAUCUCUCUCGAUGAACUCUCCCGCCAGUUCCAGGAUUUUCUCGACGAGGCGCACCGUCUACAAACAUGUUUUGCUUCUCAAAUCGCCCUACUCGUUGGCCUCGAAACCGAGCACAUAUCUCCAGUAGAUUUAGAUGGACUAUCAUCACUUCUGGAUAACAACAAGGGUCGUAUCGAUUAUCUCGUCGGCUCCGUCCACCACGUCAAUGGCCUCCCCAUCGACUUCGACGAGCGCACAUACGAACGCUGUUUGGAAAGCAUGGUCGUUUCCGACCUCGCGGCAUCCGAUAAAGCACAGGAUACGCUCCACAACAAAAGAAGCACAUUUCUAGACAUGUAUUUCGACGCUCAGUAUGAGCUUAUACGGCGUUUUUAUCCGGAGGUAGUGGGCCACAUCGAUCUCUGUCGCCUCUUCACGCCUGCGCUACGAGUACAGGAUUACCCAUCCGCGUGGGCAAAACUCGAACGAAACGUCGCAUUUGCCGUGGCGUAUGGAGCAUUGUUCGAAGUCAACGCUGCUGCAUUCAGGAAAGGCUGGGAUACGGCGUAUCCUGGGAUAGACACGCUUCAGUUAAUCCAGCGGCUUGGUGGACGGCUGACUAUCUCGGACGACAGCCACGGCCCUCAUGCCGUGGGACUUAAUUAUUCAAGAAUGCACACGUAUCUCCAACAAGAGGGCGUGAGCGAAUUGUGGGUGUUGAAACGCAGCGCGACGGCCAAUAUCGGAGGGCGUGAUGUGUGCGCUGUGAGGGUGGAGGGAGAAUGGCACCGGCACGUAUUCUGGGAGAAGACGAAGGUUCCGGACAGUCAGGCGUUAGCACCGUCUACAGGAGGGUCGUCGUAGAUCAUGUCUAACAAUGACUUUGCCUCGGCGACUCAAACGCCGCACCCUGAUCAGAAUGAGAGCAUCGCAACUUCUCCGAUGAACACCGCCUUGCACAGUGCGCACGCUGCCCCUGCCUCGAUUCACUUUCUAAGUACAGUCCUUCGCGCAAAUCGUCUACUCAUACCUUUCAGA